AUGCCACCUACACGGACUGUGAAAGAACUUCAGAGCUUCAUGGGUAGAGUAAACUACAUCCGUCAUUUCAUACCAGGUUUAGCUCAGCUGGUUGCCUCGUUCACCCCCUUGCCGAAGAAAGGGGCAAGUUUUAUUUGGACGCCGCUGCAACAAAAGGCUUUUCAGAAGUUUCAACCGAUACGGUCAUCUUCAGCUGUCAUAAAAUCUCUUGUACAAGGAAGACCGUUGUGUCUCUACACUGCUUUUAGUGAUACUGUUGUCGGAGCCCUUAUCUCCCAAGAAGAUGAUGAAGGAAUUGAGCACCCUAUAUACUACUUUAGCCGGAUUUUGAGGGAUGUUGAACUCAGAUACCCUAAAGCAGAAAAAGUGUGCCUAGCUCUGAUUCAUUCCAUUCAAAAGUUCAGACAUUAUUUGCUUUCAAACAAAGUGGUGCUGAUAUCUAGGUCCGAUCCUGUGAAGUUCUUGCUUUCAAAACCGUCCCUGAUAGGAAGGCCAGCCAAACGGCUCCACCAAAUGUCAGAGUUUGAUAUAACGUGCGCUUCCCCAAAAGUUAUUAAAGGACAAGCGGUCGUUGAUUUACUCGCAGCUUUCCCGGGAGAAGGUACCACAGCACUGCACGAAGACCUUCCUGGAGAGUUUCCGGAAAUCUCUUUUGUCAAGGAAGAGGCGUGGCUACUAUUCUUCGAUGGCUCCGCCGCCCCUAGAAAUAAUACCGGAAGAGCAGGCGUGGUUCUAGUAUCCCCAACCGGUGAAGUUUUCUCGCAUUCCUUCAAGCUAUACUUUCGCUGCACCAACAAUUCAGCAAAAUAUGAAGCUUUUCUCAUAGGGUUAUCAUUAGCCAAGCAAGCUGGAGCUACACGUCUGGAAAUAAGGGGUGAUUCUAAGUUGCUGGUUAACCAAAUGAAUGGAGUAUACGCGCUGAAGGAGGUGACACUGGCCCCGUAUAAAUCCGAAGCGCAAAAGCUGCUAAAUUACUUCGCUAACGCAACCAUAACACAUGUUGGUCGUAGCAACAACAGACAUGCUGACUGCCUAACCACAUUGGCAUCAAAGCUGCAGUUCGAGGGUUUGGAAGAAACUUUGACAGUGAAAAGACGAACCAUGGCAUCAACAUGGAUUUCGCGAUCCAAAGAGACUGAAGCCAGUGACUGGAGAACACCGAUUAUUCAAGAACUUAACAGCUCGCUUUCUCAAGGGAAGAUCAGUCUCAAAAACUUACAAAACUUCUUCAUGCUUCACGGGAUAUUGUACCACCGGAACCCGGAUGGUUCCCUGUCAAGAUGCCUCAGAGAUGAAGAGGCGCAACAGCAGCUUAACUAUAUUCAUAACGAAGUUUGCGGGCAACGUUGGUGGUAA